AUGAUCAGCUAUACGUCGGGCGAUUUCCAUAACUUUCCUGAUUUCAACCCCAACUUCAAUCAGUUCAAAAGUCUCGACACGGCCGAGAUCGCACACACCACACAGGCCUCGAUAUUACCCUCUGGGAUGGAUAAUAUCACGACGGCAACGACCGGAUCCUUCUCUCCCGGUAAUAUCCAGCUGCACCCGAAACGCUGGUCGCCUCGUACACCCUUACUUGACCAUCCUACGAAACUCGCCUCUCAGAGAGAGGCAAAUUCUUCGCUUGAAGACCUUUCCGUGGCUUCCGGCCUGGUUAGACGUACAACAGGACAACUCCGCCCAGUGAGUUCUCUUGCUAGUGACAGGAACAUAGUCGUUGCGGAUGAAGAGAUGAGCAAGAGCGGCGAACCCCGUCAAAGCUGUGAUGCUGAUGGCUUGACCAACGAUGAAAUCAGUAGCUCUCACGAUGAUACCCAUAGUGAGACCCGUACUACAGAGUUGGUGGUCCUAAGACCCGAAUCUACGUUUCAAGAUUCGGCGGAGAUGCCCGCAUCACAGAUCUUCUCCAGAAGCUAUCCCGCAAUGCCCGACUCCAUGGUUUGUCCGUCUUCCGCAACAAGCUCUGCCCCCAGUCUCUCAAUUGACGCUUCCGCCGUCCCGUUGGACAGGGUGGAAGACCCCGAAGCAGAGGUUGUCGCACUUCCUACUCCACCCUCCGAUCACGCCUCCGUCUCCCUGCAAGGUGGUGAUGCCAUCAUCAGUCGGGGAAAACGAGGUCGCGGGGCUAUCGAAGACGACUGCGAGAGCCAUGGCCUUCGCUCGUCUAAACGAAGGAGAUCACGAGAUGCUGGCAGCGAGACAGCAUCGCCGGCUCCACAAGCCAGGACUUUGCGCGCAUUGCCAUCUCGACAGAGGCAACGACCGCCAAUCAUGACUGAAACAACUUCACCUCUCCUUGGUCGUCGCUCUUUCGAAAAAACUGGCCUCAAAAGUUCCAACCGAGUACCCUCCCCUCCUGUUGCUACCUCAGUGGGUCUAUACCCAGUCGCAUGCCAUACGUGCGGCUUUUCUGCCGAACCUUUGCUGCGGAUGAGCGACACCGUCCAAGCUCUCGCUGGGAGUAUGACUGAUCUGUCUAACAGUCAAAAGGGAUUGGACAUUCUUCACUUGUUCGUUGGGCUCAUCAGGGACCAUGCCACCAAGCUUUCACACAACGCAACGAGCAGGAGCAAGAGCAGUUCCUGUGGCGUAAGGAACCAUGAUCACACAGUGGAGGCAGUCAUUGGGCCGUCAAACGCCGAGACAGUCAAAAACGACGAGAGCUCGGAUAACUCAGAUAAUGACAGCGAGGGCGCCAGUGGAAGCGAAAGCGAAAGUAGCAGCUCGGAUCUCAGCGUCAGCCCAGAAAUUCCCGGAAACAGGGCUGGAAUGACUAAGCGUCUACGUUGGACACAUUUGGACGAACUACGUCUCCGCGCAUGGAUUCAGGAGGAAAAGGAGUGGUCGUGGAUUGCUGGGAAACUGGAUAGAAGCGAGCAGGCUGUUCUUCAGCAUUGGAAGAUUAUGGUUAAGCAGGAGAAGAGGCCAGGAAAGAGGCAAAUGAGAUAG